CCAGAGUUGGACUUUGUAGUUUCUUGGAAGUUGACGGUCUGACGUUGUAUGUGUUAUUACUUUAAUAUAUAGAAGUUUUCGGUUGAAUGAAAUUUUUUUAACUCCAAAACUCUGGAAACUACUACUUCUCAUGGAUGAGAAGUUUAGGAAUAGGUCAACGGGAGAAUUUGCAACAAGUCAUCGUUGUCUUAAUAUUGAGUGUGGAUGUGUUAAAAAAGUGAAUUCAAAAAAGAGAAAUAAUUGUAAUGAGUCAAAUCCAAGGCUGAAAAGAAUAGCUCUAAAUGACAUUACUAACUUCAGUCGCUCACCUGCAAAGUUCAGGUCAAACGACAAUGCUGUGUAUGAACAAGCUGAAAUAAGUUUUUGCCAGCAAGUCUCUUCAAAAGCAACAAGAAAUGACGACAACGCCAAGCUGCUGAGCGUUUUCGGUCGUUGGAUUCAAAAGGAUGGUGCAUUACCUAGGCCGGAUUAUUUUGAAGUGGUUCAGAAAAGCAAACAAGGCCCAUUCACAAGAGAGAUGGUUGCAAAAUGGUUCUUUCGCGUUGUAGAAGAUUUGAAACUUUCAUACAAUACUGCCUUCCUUGCAAUUGGUUAUUUUGAUCGCUUUCUAUCAAAGGUGAAAGUGAAAAUCCAGUUUAUACCAGUACUAUCUCGCGCUUGUCUUUUUGUAGCUGCCAAAUUCAUGGAAUGCAAUCCCCCUUCUUCAAAGCAACUACUUUGUCGUAGCAAAUUAGGAUUCGGUGAUGAGCUUUGUCUACUACUUAAAUUUGAAAUUUUAUUAUUACAAGUUCUUAAAUGGGAACUCGCCAUUCCUAGCGCAUAUGACAUCCUUUGUGCAUGCAUUGAAUAUUUUCAAGCUAAUGAUAACUGCUGGGCAGUACAUGCUUCCACUUUGCUACAAAUUUAUAUCACAGAGUAUUCUAUGCUUAGACUUUCACCCUCUACUUUGGCAGUUUGUUCCGUUGCGAUGGCUCUCCGUAGAAAGCAAUUUCGUUCUGCCUUUGUAGAAGACGGAAGUUUCUCCAAGGCUAGUCUGACUUCCGAAAUAGAGAAAAUCUCUGUCAUUCUAAAUGUCAAACCGACGCAAUUGGAUGAAUUUGAAAGUCUAUUGAAAACAGUCUCUAGAAAAAUCUUACGUAACAACGAUUUAGAUGAAAGUAUCACCAGUCCAACAAGCAUAACUGAUACAGCCAAUUCAAUUGAACGAGAAAAAUGAAUAGUUUUACUAGCAAUAGUGUCAGAUGAGAAGACAUUUAGUCCCCGAUGUGAGUCUCGUUUCUUGUUUCUCAUUCUCAAACAGAUAAACAGGAAGUGAUUGAGAAAAUUCAAAACUUUAUAGGUAUUCUAAAACUGCUGCAAAGUCCCUAGUAAAGAAUAUACACAUCAC